AUGAUGCUUCCCGAUCGUCUCAUGCGUUAUAUUUCAGUGUUUUUGCUAACUUUGAGCCAGGUAGCCGCUCAAAAUGUUCCAAAACAUAAGAACCCCGCCACCAUCACCUUGUUGAACGAUAAUGAAAAACCCGAAAGCUGUGAUAUGGGCAUAUCAAUAUCAAUAUACGAUAUAGAUGAUCAUGCGAUAACGUUGUACGAAUGGAACAAUAUCUGCUUGCACGGUGGGCGCAAAGCAGUCAGCAUCACAGGUUUAGAAACAUAUAAUGACGAAAUUUUUACUUCAGAUGAGUACACUACCAUCGGCGGAACACAGGGUGCAGACGAGAGGCCCCUGGCAGUGGCUGUUACUGGGGCUCUCACCAAUGAUCGUACGCUGUAUGUAAGCGUAAGGGACUGGGAGGUGGCUGACUGUGUUGUGCACCUGAAGAACAAUAUAAAUGAGAACCCUACGUGGGCUACCUGUACCACAGCAGUGUCAAGAGAUGCGGAUGUGAUAUUCGACACCAUCGGUGUACCAAAUAUACCUACUAGAAGGAGAAGAAAUGGGCACUACAAAAGGGCCGAUACUUCUGAUUCGGAUUUUGACACAAAACGUGCCAGGCGGGCUCGUACCAGGAGUGGUGUGAGUCGACCAGAUGAGAAAACACUGAUUAGGAAAAGAAGAAAUACCAGUAGUGGUGACAAGGUCACUUUCUACACUGUCGAGCUAUAUAUCGAAAUUGCAAACAGUUACUUCCAGGCUUUUCGCACCGAUUUCUACGAUGCGAUUGAUUCCGCUAUGGCGACAGUGGCUGGGGCUAACCUUAUCUUCGAAAGAGAUCUGCAAAUCACUUACAGCGUAUCGCGUGUGAAACUGCGCGGUCCUGACCCAGAGCUGUGGCACAACAAUACAGAACCAACACCACUCAAAACCAUACUGGAGGACUGGAGGUCUGAUGUAAUAAACAACUCUGGCAUGAAUAUCUCCACAUUCGAGCAUGCUCACUUGUUCCUGGAUGUGAAUACCGUCGACCUCGGCGCUGCCUAUCAGCCCGGGCUUUGUAGCGACUACAAGUACUCUGUAUCACGGCUCAACAUCACACAGCCGCAAGUGAUUACCGAUCACCUGAUGAACCAGGACACUCUGACGCACGAGUUCGCCCAUUCGUGGAGUGCCCAGCACUGUGACCCCACAAACAACCUGGACAUGUGCCACAGCUACACCAUGUUUAGGAGCAGCCAAGGCACCUACGCAAUAAGUCCUCGAGACGAUGUGAGCGUUAAUAUCGAAGAUUUCCGCGGUAUGAUUGAUUCGGCUACGUGUCUGGGAAGAAAAACGGUCGACUGCUAUGACGUGCAGUUUGAUGAUAUAGUAACAUUGCCUAGUGCGAGUCCCGGGCCAAGUCCCUCUGCGACUGCAAUGAGCACACCCACAGCCUCUGCCUCAUACACCCCGUCGAGUUCAGUGACACGCACGCCAGCUCCUUCAGUUGGUAUCGUACCUUCUAAGACUCAGGAGAUCAUACAACCCAUUAAGGGACCGAACGAAAGCGUUGCCAACGUGGUGGACACCGUCAUUGGAUUUGGCAGGAACAACAAGCAACUGAGCGCGUCAGUAUUUGCCACGUUCCAGUCGCACGCCACCACUCAGCAUGCCGAGUUUCCUUCAACCACUAUGUUUAAGCCUGAGGUCGGCGAGCAGCCCUUCACCGCUGCUGUACUGUUUUCACCUGGUUCCCUGAUACUCAAUGUCGACAAUCCUGCGAAGGCUGUAUUUGUCAAGACACUCACUAAGUUCUUCGGCGUUUUCAUUUACAAUGAUGUUGUCGAUGAGUUUUAUGCCAAGGCGAAGAUAUCCGGGAUGUCGGGAAUGUGGCUUGUAUAUCUGCCCCACCUACUCAUGCACUUAGACAACGUCCAGCCUGGGACAUUGUGGCAGUACGAGCUGACAGCCUACCAAGACACCGUGCUCUCAUUGGUCAAGCUCACCCCCGGCGCAACCUACACCAAGCGAGACCACCAUAUUAAUCACAUAUCGCAUAGCAAGCGUAUCAAGUCACGCGAGGGAGAUGUCAGUGUCGAAGGGGGUGCGCACCACCUGAUCCCUAUUGAGGGCUCGUUUGGCAUUCAGGACGGACUGUACUUCUACCGCCCAGCCGACUGGUACUUGCACAUCAAUUCGUGCAACCCUGACGACGCUUCCACCAGUUUCGCCGAUGUCUACUACCUACGACCCAGCCCCGCCGCGGGUGAGACGACCGUUUCCGUAUACAGCGAUACAGAUAUAGAUGCAGACGGGAAGUGGGUUGAAACCGCCUGGGAUGUAAGCCAGGGACACAUGGCAGUGCACAAGAUUCUUGAUGUCAGCAGCCACCAUUUGCGCGUGACCACUGAGUGUGGGGUGCUGCACUGGCUGAAGCGGAGUCAAUGGGAACGGGUACGAAGCAUCUGGCCCACCAGUCUGCCCGGCUUCUUAUACGGAACCGUUGGCACGACUAUGGUACAGAGUAUCACCAGCGCGGAACGGUUUGAGGUCGUUGAGGAGAUCGGAUCCGCUAGUUUUAGUGAUGAGCAAGACAACACAACCGAGUACUAUAUGUUUAAACUCGCCAGCAUGGACGGACAACCCAUCAAUAUGGGUGAGGCCGUCAUAGUGAAUCCUCAGCACUUCACAUCAGACUAUGUAGUACACAGCACUCAUGAGCGAGUGGCGGAAUAUCUCGGCAUCUUGCCUGUGGACACAUACGCAACAUUGAGAAACCACCAAUAAUUCGCCCACGGUGGCCACUGCCAUCGAUAUAUCAAAUAGUGACACAAAAAUUAUUAUAUGCAUUUGUUUGUGGAUGUAUACAAGCAUGUAUGUGCAAAUCACGCAUCUAUUCGCUUCCUGGCGCUGUACGACAUUUUGAUAUAUAAAUAAGUGAUCUGUUUUAUAUCUAGUUGUAGACAUGUUUGUGGGCUGACGUUCCUCGUUGACUACAUCACAAAUACAUCCAUGAAAUUUCCAUGCACGUGCCCUCGCCGUGCUGCCUUUAAAAUUGUCGAAGUCGGUACAACAACAACGAUAUGGCAUAGGGCCCCCACCAACCUACACUUGUAAAUAAAAUUACCGAUGAGUUGAUUCCUGAUAGGUUGUAAUGGCAGUAUUCGAAUCCAUAGUUCCAAGCAACUUGCAUGUCCGAAGAUCCACAUUGCUCAUUUCGCAAUCUCAAGGAGUAUACAUGUCCUAUCCAGUCGCCUCCGUUGCUUGUGACAAAAGUAUCUAUCACCCGUUUACUGAGUGCCUGCCUAUUUGAGGAUGACGGGCACUUGCAAAACAAAAAGUUGUGAUAGCUCUUG